AUGACGCCCCCCGGGGCAGUCCGGACCCCGAGGGCGGGCUACGUGACCGGGUCCCCGAGGGGCGCCGAGCCGCUCAUCCUUUCGCCCGGGGAGCAGACCCCGAUCCUCUACCAGCAGCAGCCCGUGCCGCGCAGCCUCCUGCCAGACGCCGACUCUCCGGCGCUGCCCUUCAUGACCGACAAAGAGAUCUUAUCAGCACGCAGGCACCGCAAAGAACGACACAACAUGGUUGAGUGGAUAGUAACCUGGGUGUUCCUGGUCACCGUGGCAGUGGUGCUGCUAGCCGUUUUGGUUGUCUUCACCUACCGGCAGCCCCGGCUGGACGAUAGGAAACAGAGUCAGAUCUCGCUGUUCAGCCGAUUUGCACACUUGCCCGAUUUCAACGACAGAGUGCAAAACCGAAUCGUCAGCCAAACGCUCUCCGAUCAAAACAUUCGCAGCGUGCUUGCGCAGGUGGCCCUGCUCUCCAAUGUGGCCGGCGCAAACAGGUCCCAGACGAUGGCCUCGUACGUGGACAGCGUCCUACGGAACAACCACUUCAACGUGACCAAGAUUAUUCCCUACAUUGUCACCAUGUCCUACGCAGACGACACACACCCGAACAGGGCCACGACAUCAUUAUCCCCUCAGAUAGGCGGUUAUCAAUCCAAUAGUUUACUCAGGGCGUGA